AAAAAAGUCCGGCUCAAACACAGGGAAGGGGGGAGUCUGAGGGGUUGAGCGGAGGCAGCAGAGAGGAGCUUACACUGAGUCGGAGCUGCCGGUGUAGCAACUGGGCGCCUAUUUGACGUGUGAGCUAAAGGCAAGAAGUACACAUGAGCCGACUGCCUGAACCACACGGUGUUGUGAGUCCGCGCACUGCUCAGUCUGCCCUAACAAGUUCCUGGGAUAUGUCAGCAAUGAAUGAGCCUAUGCAGCCUGGACUUUGCUUUAUUGCCAAUGCAUUGUAGCCACAGACGCUAGAGGAUAUUCUCCUUAUUUCUGCAAGAACUCUAUUGCCAUGGCCAAACACUGCCAGGGAGCAGCGGCAGAAGAUAUUAGCGCCGUGUCGGACGAGGAGCUGCUGCGCUGGAGCAAAGAGGAGCUGAUCAAGAGGCUGAGGAAAGUGGACAAUGAGAAGAUGAGCCUGAUGCUGGAGCACGGCAAUAUGAUGAAAGAUGUCAACAGGAGGCUCCAGCUGCAUCUCCAUGAGAUCAGGGGGCUCAAGGAUGUCAAUCAGAAACUUCAGGAUGAGAGCCAGGAGCUCAGGGAACUCUGCUGUUUCUUGGAUGAUGACAGACAGAAGGGCAAGAAACUGUCCAGGGAAUGGCAGAGGUUUGGGAGACACUCGGCCACUGUCGUGUGGAAGGAGGUUGGGACUUACCAGCAGAAGCUGAAGGAGCUGGAGGCAAAGCAGGAGUCUCUAGUCAGGGACAACCUGGAGUUGAAGGAGAUCAUCCUCAUGUUAGACGAGGAGAGGAAUGGCCCUGGCUCCAGAAGCUCCAUUGAUAGUCAGAACAGCUUGACCAAUUUGAAUGGAGGUUCCGGCCCUAGAGAUGUGGGGGACGGCAGCAGCACUUCCAGCACCGGCAGCGCAGGUAGCCCUGACCAUCACCAUCAUCACCACCACCACCACAUCAAAACGACCGAGAACAAAGCUGGGACAAUCAGGAAAUCAACUGAUGACCUGUCCGUCCCCCCUCACCACAGAAGUAUUCCCAAUGGCUUGAAUGAUUCCUCUACUACUUACAUUCGGCAGCUGGAGACCAGAGUCAAACUCCUUGAGGAUGACAACAAGCUUUUGUCCCAGGGCUCCGCUCGUGUUGCACCUGAGGUUUCAUCCACUGCUCCUGCUGGCUACAUUCCUGUGGUGCAGAAACCCGAAGCAGUUGUCCAUGCAAUGAAGGUUCUUGAGGUGCAUGAAAACUUGGACAGGCAGAUACCAGACACCUAUGAGGAAGACCUCAGUGAAAAGGAGAAGGCUAUUGUCCGAGAAAUGUGCAACGUGGUCUGGCGAAAGUUGGGGGACGCAGCUAAUUCGAAACCAUCCAUCCGACAACACCUUUCAGGCAACCAGUUCAAAGGACCCUUGUAAGAACCAAGAAUGGAGGCUCUGAGGAAAAAAAGCAUCUCAAGACAACACGGGGCACAUUUUCACUAAUAAAUGUGGAUAUUGUAAAUAUGGCUGAUUAUAUUACCAGGGGGUCUGCUCUAAUUGGCUGUAAAUAUAUUUGACCUCCUGAACAGAAUACAUAUUUUGUAUUGUAGAUCACUUGCUGUACAGAAUGUAGAUAAACUCAAAUACGGUAGAAAGGAAACACUAACCUGUGAAUUAGCUGUAAACGUGGUUUCAUUUGAUAAAUUGUUCACUGAU